GGUUUUACUCAAUUAGAAAAAGAUUCAGGUCUUACAGUCCUCAACUCCUAUUUGGAAGACAAGUCAUACAUAGAAGGUUAUGAACCAAGUCAAGCUGAUGUAUCCGUAUUCAAAGCUUUAAAUCACAAGGUUCCCGUAAGUGAAAAAUUUCCAUAUGCAGCCCGAUGGUAUCAUCACAUCGCCUCUUACUCUGAUGGGUUUUCCGCUCUCCCUGGCGAUGCGGGUCGCACUGCAUCUGAUUAUGGUCCUGACGUUCCUGCUGCCGCAGAAGAGGAUGAUGAUGUUGAUUUGUUCGGUUCUGAUGAAGAAGAAGUGGAUGAAGAAGCUGAACGACAAAAAGCUGAACGCUUGGCUGCAUAUCAACAGAAAAAGGCGGCUAAGCCGAAGGUUAUCGCUAAAAGUAUGGUCACAUUAGAUGUCAAACCUUGGGAUGAUACUACAGAUUUGGCUGAAAUGGAAAAAUGUGUGAGAAGUAUCGAAAUGGAUGGACUUGUCUGGGGUUCUUCCAAACUUGUUCCAGUUGGUUAUGGUAUCAAAAAGUUGCAGAUUGCAUGUGUGGUCGAGGAUGACAAAGUUGGAGUCGAUGAUUUAGAAGAGAAGAUCACUGCGUUUGAAGAUUAUGUUCAAAGUAUUGAUGUUGCAUCGUUCAAUAAAUUGUGA